CACCUCCCCCGCGCAUGCGCAGUGCCAAGGGCACGAUGGCGGCGCUGCGGGCGCUGUGGCGGCUCCGGAGCCCCUCGGGGCUGAGGGCGGCGGGGGCCCGGUUGGGCCCKGCCCCGGCCCGGUCGCGACAAUGGCAGCCCGACAUGGAGUGGGCGCAGCAAUUCGCCGGGGCCAUCAUGUACCCSAGCAAAGAGACCGACAAGUGGGUGCCGCCGCCGUGGAACGGUGAGGAGACCGAGGGAACCCCGGGGGGAGCGCGGGAGGGCGAUUGGAAGGGCCAAAUGCAGGCCAGGGACACCCUCAGCCCCAUAGGAUUCCCCAUUUCCCACGUGGGGCUGCUGCACCGCAGCACUGAGAAACUCAUCGAGUACAAAACCUACCUGCAGGCUCUCCCGUAUUUUGACCGCCUGGACUACGUCUCCAUGAUGUGCAACGAGCAGGCCUACUCCCUGGCCGUGGAGAAGCUCCUCAACAUCCGUCCCCCUCCUCGAGCACAGUGGAUCCGAGUUCUCUUCGCCGAGAUCACGCGGCUGCUCAACCACAUCAUGGCCGUGACCACGCACGCUCUGGACAUCGGGGCCAUGACCCCGUUUUUCUGGAUGUUCGAGGAGAGGGAGAAGAUGUUUGAGUUCUACGAGCGGGUGUCGGGGGCGCGGAUGCAC